CCAAGAUAUUAAAAUUCUCACAGUAUGUUGUUCCGUUAAAAAUAGGCAGGGAGAGAACAAACAAAAGCCAAAUUAUUGGAAGUGAAAUAUUGCAUUCAAAUCCAUGGAGAAGACAAGCAUUAACCUUCUUUGUGUCAUAAUCUUGUAUGCAAUCGCUGUCAGUUUAAGCGGAUGCUAUGCAGCUCAGUCAAAGAAGCUACUGUUUGUGUUUGGAGACUCACUCUUCGACCCUGGAAACAACCAGUACCUCAAUAAUUCAGGGAAAGUCGCAUCAACAUCGUGGCCUUAUGGUAUGGAUAUGAACAACAAAUCCACUGGCAGGUUUUCAGAUGGCCUUAUAGUUCCUGAUUACAUUGCCCAGUUUGCAAACCUUUCAGUGGAUCCUCCAUAUCUGCAACCAGGAGCAGAUCUAACCAACGGGGCAAACUUUGCUUCUGCAGGAGGUGGUGUUCUAGACGUAAAUAACGGAGUGUUGAAUCUUAAACAGCAGUUGGCCUAUUUCAAGAACGUGGCAAAUUUAAUAUCAAAAAAAGUAGGUGAGCAAGAAGCCACAAAGAUUUUGAGUAGCUCUGUGUACUUAUUCAGCUUCGGAGGCAACGAUUACUUCCGAUUUGACUCGAACUACCCUAAUGCCACUCAAUCUGAAAGGGUAGCAUACAUGCGGUUGGUGGUAGCCAAUUUAACAAAUGGUUUCAAGGAAAUUUAUAAUAUGGGAGGAAGGAAAUUUGCGAUCCAGAGUGUUGGACCCUUAGGCUGCUUGCCCGUUAUAAAAGCAGUGCACCCUGAUACAAAUGGCUCUUGUGUUAAAAAUUUCUUAACGCAUGCAAAUCUGAACAACAAAGCUCUAUCGAAUCAGCUUAGCAAGAUGGCCAAAGAAUUAUCCGGGUUCAAAUAUUCCAUCAUGGACUACUUCUUUAAUCUCCUUUACCGAAUUAACUACCCUACAAAAUAUGGAUUCAAGGAAGGGAAAAUUGCAUGUUGUGGCAGUGGACUGUAUAAUGGACUAAACUGUGGAGGAGGUUCAUACAAGUUAUGCAGUAAUCCAAGUGAAUAUCUGUUUUUUGAUGGCGGCCAUACGUCUCAGAAGGCAAAUCGCCAAAUUGCAGAGCUAAUAUGGAGUGGUGUGCCAAAUGUUACUGGACCUUAUAACGUGAAGCAGCUAUUUGAGCUUUCCUAAUUCGACUGUUUAAUGAAUGGAUUAUCAUAUUUAUCUAUCCUAUCUUAAAAUAAUGUACUUUAGUUUGUUCUUGUCUUA